GUGGAGGCCUGGGGGGCAGAUGCAAGGUGCGGCCAGCAGGCCAAUGCUGCGAGUGGAGGUUGAGGUGCACCUGCCUCAUGGGCAUUGGGAUGGAGAUGGGGGAGGAGAUGAGGUGGAGGGCGGUGCGCUCAAUGAGACAGAGACAACCAUCUCCGUGGCAGUGGAGCCGGUGCAGGCGGUGGUGGGCGUGGAGGUGGUGAAGCGAGUGGGCAUGUUCUUCAGCCAUCCCACCACCGUGCCCACACACCAGGAACAGGUGAUUGCGUCCAUCAACUCGUUGGACUCAACAACUGCUCGCGCCACCGCCAAGACCGGCCUGGUUCUAGCGGCGCGCAAGGUGCUGCAUGUGCAUGUGGACGUCGCCAGCAUAACUGUCGUCGUCCCGCACUCCGACACCUACCUCUCUGCCCGCCCCUGCCCGCUGCUGGCCCUGCAGCUGUCAUCGCUGCACGUGUCGUCCAUCCCUGAGCCCCCUGAGCGCCCCCUCCUCGUGCACGCCCUCGCCUCCUCUGGCGACCUGCGCUCCGCUCUCACAGCCCUGGGCGCCAGGGGAGUCAUGGGGGGAGGCGGCAUUCGGGUGCGGGGAGGAGAGGUUGAGGGGCUGGGGCGAGCAGAGGGAGGAAAGGUGGUGCUGUUCGACAGCGUGGCAGUCAGAGCUGCUGCAGUCAAGGUGUUCCUGGUCCCACCGCCCCCUCGCACCGCACCUCCCAUGCCACCAGCUCCACCGGUUUCUCAGCCAUUCUGGCCGGGCAUGGCGGCAGGUGGGCUUGGGGCAAGUGGCAUGUGGGCGGGCAGUGGUGGCAGCAGCAGCAUGGGGGGGGCGGGCAGUGCAGGGGAGGGAGGCAGUGAGGGGGCGUGCGAGGUGCCUCUGGUGGAGGAGUUCUCCAUUCACCUCCACCUGCUGCUCUGCGCUCUCUCAGGCGACCCUGCCACCACCAAGGCCGUUGUGCAAGGCAGCAUACCCCACAUCUCCAUCCUCCUCUCUCUCCCCAAUCUCCGCCUACUCCUCUCCGUCCUCUCCUCCCUCACCCCCCCUUCCACCGCCGUGCCCUCCAAGCCCGCCCAUCAGCCAACCGCUGCCAUCCUCUUCCCCCCCGCCACGUCGUCCCCUCAAACCCCUCCUCCCGCCCACCCUGCUCCCAACCCCAGCACCAACCCCCUGCCUGCCUCAGGGCCCAUUGCUGUUCCUCACCGCCUGCAGCAAGGGGGAGUAGGGGGGGCACUGGGUGCAGGAAGGAGGGGAAUUGCUGGCGAGGUAGGAAGUGGGGGCGGAGCGAGGAGUGGCAGCGGGGGGCUGACGUCCACGCCAUCGUGGUCCGACAUGCUUCAGACGAUUCUGCAGCGCGACGCUGCCAAGGUGCCGCAGCACAUGCUCGCCUCGCCUGAGCUGGAGGACAGCGCCCUCCAUCUGCUCCUACAGCAGCAGCAGCAGCGUGAGGGCGGAGAGGUCGAGGAGGGGGCAGCGAAUGAGGGUGGCAGCAGCAGUGCAGAUGGGAAGGCAGCAACAGGGGGAGGAGGAUUGAGUCGUGUGCACUCUCGCAAAGUGGCAGUGGCGACUGGCAUGGACGUAUUGACAGGCACGCCCAUUGCUGAUAUGGGAAUGGCUGUUGGCAAGAUCACAGUGAGGCUGGACAUUAGCACCUCCGCCACUGAGUCCCGUGGUUUCAGCAGCAAGCGCGGCAGGGCAGGGCAGGGCAGGGGGGCUGCAGGCGAGGGAGCAUCAGGGGCCCACGUGAUAACUCUUGAGGCUACCGGCUUGGACGUUCGCCUGGUGCAGAGGCUAUUGGAGGAGCGCGUCUACGCCACGCUGCAUCAACUCCAACUCACCGAUUCCUCACGACCCCCCUCCUGCCCCACCCACCACAUCAUCCGAACACACUUUCCACCCCCGCCCAAACCAACCCUUCGUUCCCCUGCCCCAGCCACAUCGUACGCUCCCACAACUGCCUCCCCGCCCCACUCCAUCCUCUCCCCAUCUCUCUCCUUCCAGCCUGCCCCCUCGCCCCAACUCUGGCUCUCCCCCCAAAUGCCUCUGGGUUUCUCUACGCAAGCCGCCCCCUCUGCUCCCCACGCCCUCUUCUCCCGCGUCCUCUCAGCUCCCUCCCUCCCCGCCUGCCUCUCCUUCUCCUCGCUGCCCAUGCCCGCCAUCCCCACCGGCGGCCAGGCAGGGCCUGCCAUGCAAUUGAGACAGAGCAGUGCAGCGCUGGGCACUGGCCAAUCCUCAGCAGCUGAUUCCCGAAGCAAUGGUGGUUGGCAGGGAGGGGAGAAUGCUGCACUAGGGACAGAGGCCUCAGCCGGCAUGUCCGGCUCAGACCCAACCCCAGAAGCAGCUGCAGCAGUCGAAGCAAGUGCAGGGAGUUGUGUGGUGCAAGUGGAGGUGUGUCUGAAGUCAGCGUCGCUGACUGCAGCAUCGCGUGACUCCACCUCACUCUCCUUCCACCUCUCCUCCCUCCACCUCACCGCCUUCCAACCCACCCUCCUCGCCCUCCUCGCCUUCGCCUCCUCCCUCUCCGCCCCCACCCCGCCCUCCCCCUCCGCUGCCCUGCCAGGCAGUGGGUCCGGCAAGAGGCACUACUCGCAGGGCAGGGAGGGGGGCAGCGGGCUCAUGGGUGCCCACCCCUCGGCAGACCUCACCCUCUUUGAGAGCCCCUCCAGCUCAUUCUCCUCUGCUGCCUCCUCACCCUUCAGCUCUCCCCCCGCCACUGCUGACGCCCUGUUGCCGCCAGCAGUGCUGCCUGCUGGAGCGCCGGGCAGGAGCCCACAGAGGAGUAGGGAGAGGUUGGCCGUGGGGCAGCAGGGGAUAAAGAGACGGGCACGGGCUGUGUUUGAAAAGGUGUCUGGUGAUGACGCCGCUGAUGCUGCUGCUGCUUCUGCCGCUGCUGCUGGCGGUGCUGCUUCACACAAUGGUGGCACUGGUAGUCGCACAGAUUCCUCACUGCCUCCUGCUCCAACCCACGGCCCAUCCAGUCACAUGAUACUGCAUCCUUCUGAUAAUUCACCUGCAAUGGGCAGCACAGAGCUGAUUGUGGACGGCCGAGUAACUGGGCUGGUGGUGCGGGUGAUGGAGGAGGGGAACGAGGCAGCACAAGGGGGGGUGCAAGGGGGAGAAGAGGGAGUGCAUGCGAUGGAAGGGAGGAGGGACUUGGAAGGGAGGGGGCAAGUGGUGGAGGUGGCAACUGCUUCGCUGGGCGAGGCUGUGCUGCAGGCAGACGUGAAGCAUGUAAUGGGCCAAUCAGAGCCUGCCAUGUGGACAUGUACUGGGUGCAUCAGUGGGUUUGAGGUAUGGGGGCCAGUGGGUGGUGGUGGGCGCUAUGUUCCUCGUCUCGCUACUGGUGCUGCCUCUAGCGCCCCGCCAGAUACUCCACAACUGCAGCAAGGGCAGCAGCAGCAGCAGCAGCAGCAGGUGAUAGUGGGCAGUGUGUGGGCGCCAGGAGCACGGCCAGGCACCAUCACCUUUGCAGCCCAUGGCGCUCACACAGGGGCAUCAGGGGGGGGUGGGAGUGGGGCAGGCGCCAUGCUGCAUGUGGAUGUGGCUGUCUCGCGCCUGCUGCUCGUGGUGUCAGAGCCUUUCACUGAGGGCAUUGUGGGGCAUGUCACACGCUACCUCCCGCCCCCCUCCCUGUCCGCUGGCCCAACUCAUGGUGGUGCUGGGGAUAGGGGGGAACGCGCAUCAGCGCCUUCCCGUGCUCCGCAUGGUGGCGAGGGGGGACAGGGAGAGCAGAGGCAGCACACAGGGGUCACUGCUGCCACGAGCCCCUCUGAACCGCCCUACAUCACCCCCUCUGCACGCUCGCCUCUCUUUAUGACUCCCAUUUCUCCUUCUCCUUCUCCUUCGCCUUCCAGAUACCCCACGACACGAGCCAGAGCAGCCCGCACUGCCACGGCUUCCCCUGCCACCACCCGUGCCUCCCCCUCGCCCCUAAGAGGGGGGAUUGCUGUUCGGGGAUGGGUGGCUGGGGAGGGGCGGAUCGAGGGAACCAGUCAAACCAGCCCACUCGGGGUAAAGGGCAGGGGGAAGCGGGAGAGGGGGGAGGGGGAGAUUAUUGGGGGCCUAGGUAGUGGGUCGGGGGAGGGCGACAGCUGGUCAGGGGCGCAGUUCUUCAGCCCUGUGGGUGACAGUCCCCUGCGAUGGGGAGUGGUGGAGGAGGGGGUUGAGGGGGAGGGAGAGGAGGAGGAAAAGGGGGAGGCAGGGCAAGGGAAUGUGAGGGUGGAGGGGGCUGUGAGAGUGGAGGGGUGUGAAAUUGUGGUGAUUCCUCUAGGCCACCCUCAGAGCUUGCUGCAGCCAUCAGCAACCAGUCAGGUGCAGCCAUCAGCAACCAGUCAGGUGCAGCCAUCAGCAACCAGUCAGGUGCAGCCAUCAGCAACCAGUCAGGUGCAGCCACGUGCAGCUGAUCGCAACACGCCAGCAACAACCUCAGGGCAGUGGGUGGGCCAUCCCUGCCUGAUCAUUGAGCUGCCUCUUAUCACUGCCAGGCUCCCAUGCCACGUGACAUGUUGGGAUUGGUCCUCAUCUUGCACAAUCAUGUGGCUGGAUGGGAGGGAGGAGCAGGGGAGCAGGGGUAUAGGCGGGGUGAGUUGCGGUGGGGAGAGGGAGGGUGGAGGGGAGCGCACGGGGUGGCAAGAAGGGGAGGGCGAGGAUGACAAGUGGGAGGCGGCGGAGGUGAGGGUGGAGGGCCUCAGGGUGAGCAUGGCCACAGGCAGGCUGCGGCCGCUCCAUGACGCCGUAUCUGGUGGGGGCGCCUGUGACGCAGGGGAGGAGGGGGGGGUGGCGGGGUGGGUGGGGGAGAGAGUGGGUGUGGUGCAGCAAGUGGACGUGGUGCUGCACGUGGCGCUGCCACAGCCUGCUGGGCGCACUCAGCCAGGUGCCGCAGUGCAGGAAGCAGCAGAGGGAGUGGGGCCAGAGGCACAUCCAGUGGGGUCAGAGGCGGGGUCAGGGAUGGAGGAGACAGCAGGGCAGGCAGCAGCAGUGCGCAAUCCGCAUGAGUGGAUGCGAGUCAUGGUUCAAGUGCCCACCGUGCAGCUGGUCGUCAUGGAGCACUCCCCUGUGAGGGAGGCGGACCUGCUCGCCAGCUCCAUUGCUGCGCUGCUCGCCCUCAUCCCGCCCCAGCCGCCACCCCAGCAGCCCUCCCCUCCCAUCGCCCUGCGCUUCCACCUGCACCAGCUCCGCCUGCACCUCACACGAGGCACCACUUCCCCAUCUUCCCCUUCCUCCUACCUUCCUUUCACUGCCUCGCUUCCACAGCCCAUCUCCCAUCCCUCCCGCAUCUUGUCCCCUUGCUUCCGUCUCCCCCCCGGCCCUCUCUUCGCGCUCCUCUCCAUUGAUCAUCUGCGUUGCGCUGCUACACUGCAACCAUCCGGCCAAUCGGUGAAGGCCACGUGGCAGAGCAUUGCCCUGUGGGGCUCACUACCCAGCGCACCUGUCCCUUCCCAGCAGUGUGGCAGUGCUGCUGCGUCCUCAGCCAGCAGACAGGCAGCGCCACCAGCAGCUUUCGCACGGGAAGAAACGACAGCAGCAGCGGCAGCAGCAGAAGCUCCAGCAGGAGGGUUCUCAGCUGCAGGGGCGUGGGCAGGGCCGGCAGCAGAUGUUCCAGGGGCGGUGCAGGAGUUUCUGCGAGUGGCUGUGCCUCUGCUGGUGGUGGAGCGUGAGAUACACAGCUCAGUGCAUCGGGACCCUGCCCAUACCCACCUCUCUCCGUACCUUGCCUUGUCCAUCUCCUCCUCCCCACCCCUGCCUUCCUCCCCCGUCCCUCACACCACUGCUGCGCCCCCCUCCCCUGCCCUUUCUCCAUCACCCUUGCAGUCCCCGCACCCGCACCCUCACCCUCUGCCAAGCCCCUCUCUGCGCUCACAAGCAUCGCCGUCCACCCCAGCGACCAUGGCAGUAGCAGCAACAUCACCAGGGCAUGUGCAAGCUGUCCCCCAGAGCAGCACCCAGGCCAUACAUGUGCACGUGCAGCUCCCCUCCCCCACCCUCUGGGCCUUCCUCCCCGCCUGGUCGUUCCUCGCCUCCCUGCUUGCAGGUAAGGCUCCUGGGAGUGGUGCCACAGGAGGUGCAGAGGCUCCAGGGGACGGGCGUGCAGGAGGUGCAGGUGAAGCAGGUGUGAGAGGGAAGCAUGCAAGCGGGAGGGGACGAGGGAUAGGACGUGGGGGGGGAGCGGAGGGGCAGGCAGGGAUGAUGGGGUUGGGGCUGGAGGAGUGCGGCGGCAGUGGAGUGCAUGGUGACAUGGAUGGGGUGGUGCACGCAGCGCUUGACGAGGGGGUGAGAGGGAGUGGCAUGUUGGCAGAUGGCAGCGAUGACACAUGCAGUGGUGGAGGCGUAGCAGCAGCUGCGCCGCAUGUGCAUGUGAAGAUGCAUGCAGUUGUAAAGGUGGAUGGAGUUACUCUCGUCCUCCCUGGUCAAACCGUCUCCCAGCGCACCUCACAAGGUGCCUUGCAGCUGCAGCAGCACAGGGGCGCAGGCAGCAGCAGUGCUGUACAGCAGUGCAGCCCAGGGGUUCGCAACAGCAUAGAGGGCUGCAGUGCCCUGGUGUUGCGGGUGAGGGCCGUUUACUCCCAAGUGCGCGCCUCUGUGCUGCCCAGCAGUGGGCUCAGCAGAGCCGUGCUCUCUGCCGGCCUUCACUCCGUGGACCUCUCCUGCGUGCGCGGCCUUGGCAUGGAGCACUCUGGGGGGGACGAUGGAGAUGGCGGUCGCAGUGCUGAUGGGGCUGCCGACCUGGUCAGCUCUGACCCUCUUAGUCUCCCUCCUGCCUCCCUCAGUGCCUCUGUGUUACCUCCGCGUCCCAGCCCCUUCUCCCUCCGCCUGAGCUGCUUCCUGCCUCCUCCUCCAGAUGCUCGUCGUACGCCACUUCCUACCACUGCCCCCGCCCCUGCCCCUGCCCCGGCCUCUGCUUCCACUGCGUCCAGCGCACCAUCUGUUCGUCUGCCGCCUCCUCCCUCCGCCUUACUGCGCCUGCUGCAGCUGGCAGGGUUGCAGCUGCGCCUGACAGCAGUGGCCGGGCAGCCUGGAAGCACUGCAGGGAUGGGCGUAGAGGGGCUUGAUGAUGGUGCUGUGGCGGUGGAAGAGGAGGAAGGAGGGCGAGGCAGAGCGAGGGAAGGGAGACUCGCAGAUGCAGGAAGAGAUGCAGCGCGGACAGGGGAAGGUGGCAGCACUGAUUCUGGUGGCGGUGAUGGUGGGGGCAGCGCGCUUGGCAUGAUCUGCUUGAAAGACCUUGUGGUAGUGGAGAGAAGGGAGCAGGAAAAUGUGGGGGAAAUCAGAGAGGAUGGUUUUGUUACAGCCGAGCACAGUGACGAGGGUCGCAGAGCACCAGCAGCACCAGAAGUACCACCGCAACCAGCAGCAGCAGCAGCUGCAGCAGCAGCAGCCUCUGCCAGUCUGGGUGCAUCUCCCUUCACCCUACAUGCCACAUCAGCAUUUGCUACUCACCUUUGUCUGGGGCGAGUGCAUGCACGCUGCUCGCCCGAGAGUCUGCACUUCCUCACGACCUUUCAGCUGCCGGGGCAGGCUGCAUCUGGGGCAGGGUCCCUGGAGGGCAGUGGUAGAGGAACCACACAGCAGAGGCAGCAGCAGGGGAGUGCAGCAGCGCUUCAGAGCAGCAGCAAGGAGGGUGGCAGCAGCGGCAGUGCGGCAUGCGACGCAGUGGUGUUUGUGGGCGUGGAGAGCAUGGUGGCGGAGCUGGCGGAGAGUGACGACGACUGCGACCCUCUCUUCCACCUGUCCCUCAGUGCCACAGCCGGCCAUGCCCUCGCAUGCCUCCCCAGUGGCCAUCUGCAUGCAUCCCUCGCCUCCACCCUCGCCCUGCACUACCUCAACCAGGACAAGGUGAGUGGUCACCAACCACCCUCUACUAUUCUCUUCUCUCUCCAGUUCGAUCGACAAGCACUGGCCACUCUUCCUCAUGCCUCGUCAACCUCUCAUGUCUCUGCUGGUCCUCUUUCUCACCUGAGCUACUUGCGCUGUCCUCCCAUCUCACCCCUCCUCCCUCCCUCUUUAUCUCCCCCCUCCCAGGCUGCCUCAGAGCCUCUCUGUGAGCCCUGGCCCCUCCAGCUCUCCGCCUCCCUGCACUCCCUCUCCUCCCUCACCAACCCUGAAUCCGCCUCCGUCUCCGCUCUCCCCCUUACCCUCCCCUCCACCUCCUCCUCCCCCUCUUCCACCGCCCUCACCUCCCUGGCUCUCACCUCCUCGCAUCCUCUCAAUCUCAACUUCACGCCUUCACUCCUCGAGGCAGCGUGCAUCACAGCCACACUCUUUUCCAACCCACAGGCGCACCACGUGUCAUCGCACUAUUGGGUGGAGAACCACACAGGCGUGACUCUGAACCUCUGGUUUGGCGACGAUUCCCCAGACUUCACAUCAGCAGCAGCAGCUCCGUCAGCAGCACCAUCAGCAGCAGAAGGCGCUGUAUCCCCACCCACCCCACCACACAUCACUGUGCCUGUUGGUGCCUGCAUGCCACUCUCCCUCUCCUCCCGCCUGCCACUUCCCCGCACCCGCUCCCCCUCCCUUGGAGCAACUGCGCCAUCUAAUGCACAACCCACCAUCCAGGGGCAGGCAGGCAGGCAUGGCAGGGGCAGCAGCAGGGGGCGUGCAGCCAGCUUCACAGGCAGCACUGCAGCAGCAGGGAUGGGGGAGAUGGGGGGGCGGCAGCUGUGGGUGCGAGUGGGUGUGGACGGCAGUGACUCAGUCUGCCGCCCUCUGCUGCUGGAGGGCGGCAUGCGGUUAGCCUUCCCUGUCUCUUACGCGGCAGGGAAAACUGGAUCGCGGGUGCAGGGCACGGUGAUGCUGGAGGUGGUGAGGGAGGGGCGGCGGCACCGCCUGGUGCUGCGCUCGCUGGUAUCUGUCUUCAACGCCUCACACACGCCCCUGCUGCUGCAGGCGCGCCACUCCCACCGCCCCGACCUCCCCGUGCAGGACGUGGGGUUGUGUGGCGCCAAAAGCACUCUGCACCUGCCCCUGCACCUCACCUCGUCCACGUCGCUCCAGUGGCGACCAGCCCAGGGGCCAUGGGCGUGGAGCGAAGAGACCAGGCUGGAUGAUGCUCUGCUGGCCCCCGCUGCUGCCACCAUCUCUUGCACUGGCACCAGUAGCUCAGGCGCUAGUGGCAACAGCGAUAGCAGCUGCAGCAGUGGUGUGGUACCGUUGCUGACCCGAUCUGCAUCGUUAUCUUCUGUGUCAACUCCCGGCAUCGCUGCCUCCCUCGACCUGCUGCCCCCCUCCCUCUUCUGCCUCUCCCUCACCUCCACCCAAUCGCCUCUGCCCCUCAGCUCGCCUCCCCCGGCACCCACUCAUGGCCCCAUCCCUCGGACACCCGUAACCAGUCCACCCCACGGCAGCACCAGCCCUGCCCUCCGCCCCCACUCCCCGCCCCUCACUAGCACCAGUCCCCAUCACCCCAGCAGCCCCCCUCACACUAUCCGCCGCAUUUCGUCCUCCAGCGCCGAUGCCGCCACCAUCGCUGCAGCUGCUGCAAUCCAAGCUGCUGCACUCCUCGCCAACCCCGCCAGCAUGACAGCAGCAAGCCGUGGCGCCACAUCACCCCCAGCCACGAGCCCCGCCUACCCUCUGUCGAGGAUUGGCAGUGCUGCCAGCAUCGGCUGCCCCUCUCCUGCGCUCGCCCCCUCUGCUGCAGCUGUGGAUGGCAGACAGGCAGGAGGCAGGAGGGACAGGGGAGGUGGUGAAGCAUGGUGGGCGGCAGUGGGGGAGGGAGAAGGGGAGAGGAGGGAGAGGGGCGGAGGAGGGGAGGCAGCAGCAGGAGUGGGGGAGGGCAUGGCGUGGGAGCAGCAGCUGUGUCUCGCAGCACCUCUUGUGUUGAAGAACCUUCUUCUCACCCCCGUUACUGUCACGCUGAUAUGCACAGAGCAGCACAUUCUGCUGCCAACCACCAUCACCAUCCCCCCUGGUUCGUCGGUGGAGGUGUUUGACUUUGCGGCCCACCACGCCCUGCACGCCUCGCUGCUCAUCCCCGGCUUCCAUGAGUCCCCUCCGCUGCUGCUUCCCGCCCCCCCUGCUGCCAGUACCACCAACGGACGGCCAGGAGGGCAGAAGAGGGGAGGGAGGGGGAAGACAGGGGAAGAGGGGCGGGGGGAGGAGUGGCAGCAGCACAAGGAGGAGGAGCUGCUGCUCACGCGCUUGGCAGGCCCCCCUGUGUCCCUCCACCUGCUCCACUCCCACCGCCCCGCCUCCGCCUCACGCUGCCUGCGCGUGCUGACGCCCCUCACCAUCGUCAACGCCACGGACCUCCCCCUCUCGCUCUCCGACGCCCACCUCCAAGCCACGCCGUCCGCCCAUCUCUUCCUCCCCCCCCACCCCGCGCUCCUCUCAAGUGACACCCUGGUGGCUGCCACGUCAGCAUCUCUUCCCACCGCCAUGGUGGCUAGUGGCGUGCCGCUUGUGGCAGGUGGCAGCGCAGCAACAGGCGGCUUGAUGGGGGGGCUGGCGGAUGUGCUGUCUGGGAGCAGCAGAGGAGCGAGUGCUGGUGGUGCUGAUGGCAGGGCGGACUCACACACGCCUGCAGCGACAGACACAGGAGCUGCAGGGAAGGGUACAGAAGGGAGGACAGAGGGCAGAGGGGGAGGUAGGGAGGAGGAGAAGAGGCAGGGAGUGGCGCCCCAGGCACCCAUGGCUCUCUUCACCCCUGCCCCGCCUGCGCCUGCUCUUGAGGCUGACUCUGCUGCCCCUGGUGCCACCGCAGGGCUGCACCCCACCCAGCCAGCUCUUGUGCUGCGAGUGGGGGGUGCUGCUGCCGCUGCUGGCCUUGGCGCUGGGGACAUGCGCUCUUUGACUGUCACUCCGCCUUCCGCCGUGCCUCUCUGGAGCCAAAUGUCCCUCUCUGGUUGGUCAGCAGCUUUUCCUGUGGAGCCGGCAGGAGGGGUGGCAGAGGUGCUGGUACCGCAGUCAGGGGGCAGCAGUGGUGGUGGUGCUGCUGGUGGCGGUGGUGGUGGUGGUGGUGGUGGCGCCUUCGCCCUGAGUCUCACCUGCUGUGACACCCUCGGGGAAUCGGCUGGCCGUGCCAAGACCAUCACCCUUCGCCCUCGCUACGUGGUGGCCAACAGCUUGGCAGCGGACAUAAGGGUGAAGCAGCACGGCACGGACCGACACACGCUCAUCAAGGCUGGAGGCAACGCGCCCAUUCACUUCACCAAGCUGCAGCGUCGUCUCUACCUCUCGCUGCGCUUGGCUGACAGCAGCUGUGAGUGGUCGGGCGCCUUCCGCCCCUCCCAGCUGGGCGACACGCAGCUCAAGCUGCGCUGCUCCUCCUCCUCCGCUUCCUCCACCUCCUCGCCUCUCGCCCUCACCCACAUUGUGAGGGUCGACGUGUCGCUUGCUGAACCGCACCUCCCACAGGCAGCCGCUACAGCUGCGAGCACAGCAGCCACUAGGACGGAUUCCACUGCCAGCACUGCUACCAUUGGUGCCAGCAGCAUAGACAGCGGCCGUAGGAGGGACAGCAGUGGGGGGAGUGGUGGUAGCUGUGGGAGUAGUGGGGCAGAGGCGAGCGGCGGCGGCAAGUGGAGUGGGGGCGGCACAUACCUGGUGGUGGUGGGGGAGGACGACUCGGGCUUCAUGCCCUUCCGCAUCGACAACUGCUGCCGCGAGGUGCUGCGGUUCUACCAGCGCGGCUGCGAGGGUCUGGGCCACACCGACUCCCUCAAACCCUUCGCUGCCACGCCCUAUGCAUGGGACGAACCCUGCCGCCCACACCGCCUCGUGCUGGAGGUACCAGGCGAGGGCGGCAGCAUGGGGCACUUCCCCUUGGACCAGGUCAAGCACUUCCCGCUAGUCGUCCUUCCCGCGACGCCUCAGAGGGAGCAGCGGCGACUGAGAGUAUCCGUGUCGGCACAGGGACCAAUCAGGGUCCUCUCUGUGUGUGACAUCGACCUCUUCCCUCCUCCCUCCUCCCUCCAUCCGCUCCGCCACAAGCACUCCACCAUGACACGACAUGCUGAGCUGGCAUCCAGUCAGCACUACCAGCCAUGGCAUCCCACCUCCAAAUCUAUUGGCCCAAGAUCCCCCUCCUCCCCUCUUGAGCUGCGUCUGAGUGUUUGCAUCCCCCUUCUAGCCCUCUCAAUUAUUGACAAUCGCCCCCAGGAGCUCCUGCUGCUGUCUCUGCACCGCCUCUCGGUCUCCUUUACCCGCUCCCCCCACCAGCAUUCCCUCUCUUUCCUCCUCUCCCACCUCCAACUGGACAACCAGCUUCAAAACGCCCUCUUCCCUGUCCUCCUUGCCUCCUCCUCCCCUCCUCCCUCACUCACUCACUCGCCAUCCCCAUCCCCUUUCUCCGCCUCUCACCCUUCGCCCCCCACACCGAGCCUCUCGCUGCUACAAGCUGCCCUCCAGACGCCCUCCGUGCUGCUCUCCUCCGUCCUCUUCCACACGGCACCGCAGCAAGGCCCUUCCCACAGCGCCCUGCAGGGGGGGCAAGCGGCAGUGGAAUUGGAGGUGGUAGCGUGGCGGCAGCGAGUGGGGUCCGUUCUCUGCGUGGAGCGCGUUGCAGUCAGCCUCGCCCCUCUGUCGCUGGAGGUGGAGGAGCAUGUGCUGCUGCGCCUGCUCGACUUCUCCCGCGCCUGCAUCCCCACCCUCUCCCCCCUCAACGCUCCCGCACCCUCCUCCCCGCCUCAUGCCUCCUCUGCGGCAUUGCCUGGGAAGGAUCUGGGGGGAGGACAAGCAGAGAGGGCAAGGGGGGGAGGCGGGCAGGGAGGGGAGGGGGCGAGGGGAGUAGGUGGAGCAGGGGUAGGGAGGAGCUGUGGGGAUGCGGAGGACAGGGAGGAGGGGGGGCAGCAGGGGCAUAGAGAGGUGCGGAUGUAUGUGUGGUGUAGUGGGGCGUCUGUGGCAGCAGUGGGCGUGGUGGGCGGGCAGGGCCUGGACGUGACCCGCCAUGUGCGGGGGGCGGCCAACAUGUACAUUGAGAGCAUGAGCGUGCACCCCCUGCGCGCCACCAUCAGCUUCGCCAGUGCGCCGUGGGCCUCGGACCAGACCAGGGGUACUGCAGCACAGGGGGUGCUUGGGGCGGUGGGGGCGGUGGUGCAGCGCAGUGUGCUGGCGCUGGCAGACGUGCAGGGGGCGCCCCUGGGGCUGUCCGCGUGGCAGCUGGAGCACUUCUUUGGCGGGCCGCAGUCGCUGGCUGCUAGACUGGAGCGCCACUACACGCUGCAGCUGCUGCAGGCGCUGUACAAGGUGGUGGGGUCGGCGGACUUCCUGGGCAACCCAGUGGGGCUGCUCUCCUCCGUCUCGACCAGCCUCUGGGACCUGCUCGCCUCGCCCACGCACACGCUGCUUAUGCGCCGGAGCCCCGCAGGGUUCGCGAGGGGCGUGUGGGCGGGGUGGAAGAGUCUCCUGCGCACCACUCUCUUCGCUCUCUCGCACUCCGCCUCCCGCAUGUCGCACGCCGCUUCCAAGGGAAUGGCGUCGCUGGCAUGGGACGAGGAGGAUGAGGAGAGCAUGGAGCAAGCACGGCAGCCAUGGGCCUCACAUGCCUCGGAUGAGGCCUCGUUCUUUGCCUCGCUCAUUCAGGGCGUCACGGGUCUCUUGGACCGUCCAAUCAGAGGAUGGGAAAGGGGUGGUCUGCCCGGCCUUGCAUCUGGUCUGACACAGGGAGUGCUGGGAGUGGUGGCGCGCCCAGCAGCAUCCGCGCUGGCGCUGGCAGCCGCCACAGCGGAGAGCAUUCGCAACGUGGCCCGCCCGCCCGGCCCAUCACAGGCGCUGAGGCCGCUGCGCCUGCCGCGGCAGGUGGGGACGGGCCGCCCCCUCGCGCCCUACUGCCACACGCAAGCCGCUGCCCAGGCCGCCCUGGCAGAGGGCGCAGGGGGGGCGUGGCGCGAUGAGGAUGCCCUGGCUUGCUUCCAAGUGGUCCCUGAGCCGCCAGCAUCGGCAUCAUCAUCAGCAAGCACGUCAGUGGCACCAGAGGAGGCGUUCGUUAUAGUCACACCAACGCACAUGCUGCAUGUGUGGAGAGUAGCAGCAGGGGGGCGACAUGGCAGGAGCCAGCGAGCCAGCCAAUGGCAGGUGGCAUGGGCGGUGCCUCUGAGGGACGUGAUUGGUUGCUGCAGCAUGCAACCCCUGGACUCCCAUGUGCUCCAUGAGAGAGGGCGCACAGCAGAGGCAGGCGAUGCAGCAGCAACUGACAGCAGCGCACCAUCCCAUGCCGCAACACCACAUCCUGCUGCCUCCAUCUCACCUGCUCCUCAUGCCCCUCUCUCCAUGCUGCCGCCCACCGCUACGUCACUACCGCCGGCGAAGCUGUUGCCAGAGACCACUGCUGUGGAUGGAGGGCACACUAGGGCCGAGGCUGCAGCUGUCGAAGCAAGUGCAGCAUCGACAGUUGUUGUCAUGGAGCUCCCAGCAGAGGGCACAGCGCGAGCCUCACUGCAUGGAAGGACUCUCCAGCUCUCUACUGCUAAGGUGGCUCACGACUUCAUUCAGCUUAUGAACGCCACCACGGCUAAAGGUCAGAACAUGGGCUGAAGAAACUCAAGUAUUAACGUGGGUAUAUCAUUUUAUGGAGUUUUUUUUUUGGUUAAAAAGCAAGCAGAAGCAGUUAUGGAAUUGGUGGUGAUUUGAGUGCUUAUGCAAGGAGGGAUGUUCACAUGCAGUAAAUAAAGAUGCAACUACUGUACUGA